AUGCCUCGCUCCAAGCGUGCCAGAGUCGUCCACGAGUCGAAGACCGCCAAAAAAUCGCACAAGGAACAGACGAGACGGCUGUAUGCCAAUAUCCGCGAGGCCGUCGAGAACUAUGAGCACCUGUUCGUCUUUGACGUGAACAACAUGCGAAACACCUACCUGAAGGAUGUGCGCACUGAGUUUGCCGACAGCCGUCUCUUCUUCGGCAAAACCAAAGUCAUGGCUGUCGCCCUCGGCCACAACCCCGAAUCCGAAGCCGCCACGAACCUGCACAAGCUCGCCCCCCACCUGACCGGCGCCGUCGGUCUGCUCUUCACCUCGCGCGACCCGCAGUCCGUGAUCGAGUACUUCGAGAAUUUCCGGCCGCUGGACUUCGCGCGCGCCGGCACCGUCAGCACCCGCUCCUUCAGCCUGCCCAACGGCCUGGUCUACUCGCGCGGCGGAGACCUGCCCGCCUCCGAGGACGAACCCGUCAGCCACACCAUCGAGCCCGAGCUGCGGAAACUGGGCGUCCCCACGCGUCUGGUCAAGGGGAAGGUCAUGCUGGAGUUGACGGAGGGACAGGAGUCGUUCCCGAUCUGCCGCGAGGGCGAGACUCUGGAUUCGCGACAGACGACGUUAUUGAAGAUGUUUGGUGUCGUGAGCUCCGAGUUCCACGUCGCGUUGAAGGCGCAAUGGACUCGGGCUUCCGGCGAGGUGAAGCUUCUGGAGGGAGGUAUGGAUGUGGAUGGUCAGUGA